AUGAAUUGGACAGUCCCUAUCAUCGUCUUCCUAACCACUAAUCUCUGGGGCCUCUUUGGGGGCAUCCCCUAUACAACAGUCCAGCCAUCCCGUUCUCUUCUAGAUCGCACCAUUGGCUCUUUCCAAGUCGCUAGUACUGUGUUCACUCUGGGCCAGACAAAGGAACACUUGAUGAACCAGACAGCGGGAGACAGAAUCCAAAACGAACACAACGUGCGUCUCACAAUACCAACCUCAAAACUUCACCCGGAUCCUAUGUUCAUCAAUGCGCUGAAAACUAUCUCGUCAGUACAGACCUCGAUUCCAGAAAAAGCUCCCAACGAUACUGUUCCUCCUCACAGCUCAACAAAUGAAACCGACUUGAUUGCAUUUGCGCUCAUCUUCUUCGGCAUUGUCGUCUUACAAACUAUAGCCAUAACAGAAAUUACCCGACCCCAGCAAGACCUCCAACUCGAAAUAAGUCAGAACAUCUUCGAAGUUCGACAGGACUUCCACAACUUCCUAACUUCUACAUUUCCAAAUAUAUUUCAAGCCGUCCUAGGAGUCCCCCUAGAAGUCCAACAAGGCGCCCGGGAAGAACUCCAAUAUAUACACCGAAGCAUCCAAAACCUCGAAGCUCUACCCCAAGAUUGCGUCCAGCUCUCCAUUGACAUCCGCGAAGCCAUGCAAGCGCAAUUCACCGAAAUGUACGGAACGCUGGAAAAAGGCCUCCAGAGAGGAUUCGAUGACCUGAAAAAACUCCAGGCUGUGUCCAGAGACACCUGCGCACAGGAAAGAGCCCCUCCUCUGUCACGCGCGAACACCCCUGAAGCGGGCGACCAGGAUGUAUUCUGGAGGGAGACCUGGACAGAGAUCAAAGAUGAUUUCAAACAGACUGUAGAGGGAUUUAAUAGGAACUUGUUCAUGCUGAAUGUGGUUAUUGAUGCUUUCCAUGAUCAGUUCCAGAGACUUCCGACCAUGAUGGCUGAUGAGCUCACAAGGGCUUUCAAGGUGGAGAUCAAGAAGUAUGAGAUUGAUAUCAAGAUUGAUAAUGCGGAUACGGGGGCGGCUACUGGUGUUGAUCAAUUGGCUUCGCUGUCAUCGACACGGACGAACGGGACUGAGAUGGAUCUUCAAGAGCAUCCAGUGGUUUCAGGUCAAGCUGAGACCAGGCAGGAGAAACAGGAAAGUCCUGAGCUGUCGAACCCUAGAUCACAGGGUUCUCCGUCAGAGGACCCGGAGUUUGAGCACUCGGAAUUCGCAACGUUGACUGCAGUGGUGGAGUAG